UUUCAUAGGAAUUUGGAGUUGGAUAUAGUUACUAGAGCGACAGAUGACUUGCAUCCUUUCUGUGGGCAUACAGUCAACGAUUUCACUUUUUGAGCUAUUGAACAUUUCACUGAGAUAAAAUGACUAGCUCUCAGUUCAACAAAGGUCCAGCAUAUGGAUUAUCAGCGGAAGUCAAAAAUAGGAUUGCACAAAAGUAUGACCCCCAGAGAGAAGAGGAGUUGCGGACUUGGAUUGAGGAUGUAACUGGAUGUUCCAUUGGGGAGGACUUUCAGAAGGGCCUGAAAAGCGGUGUCAUAUUAUGCGAACUUAUCAACAAGCUCCAGCCUGGAUCUGUGAAAAAGGUCAAUCCGUCAACUCAGAACUGGCAUCAGCUUGAGAACUUGACCAACUUCAUCAAAUCGAUUACAGUGUACGGACUGAAGCCUCAUGAUAUAUUUGAAGCCAAUGAUAUAUUUGAGAAUGGAAACAUGACCCAAGUUCAGACAACUCUCCUAGCUCUGGCUGGCAUGGCCAAGACAAAGGGAGUACAAACCUCUAUGGAUAUUGGGGUAAAGUAUGCAGACAAACAUGAGCGAGAAUUUGAUGAAGAAAAGAUGAAGGCUGGUCAUUGUGUCAUCGGACUGCAGAUGGGGACGAACAAGUGUGCUAGCCAAGCUGGUAUGAAUGCUUAUGGCACCAGGAGACAUUUGUAUGACCCAAAAUCUCAUAUUCUUCCACCUAUGGACAAUUCAACUAUCAGCUUGCAAAUGGGAACAAACAAAAUGGCCAGCCAGGCUGGAAUGACAGCCCCGGGAACCCGUCGUGCCAUCUAUGACCAGAAGAUGGGCACUGACAAGUGUGACAACUCAACUAUGUCUCUGCAGAUGGGCUAUGCCCAAGGGGCCAAUCAAAGUGGGCAGAACUUUGGCUUGGGCCGACAGAUCUACAAUCCCAAGUACUGUCCCAAAAGUGGGGAAAACAAGGAGCUGAAUGGAGAAGAAGCUGAAGGUCAUAUUCCGGAAUUCCAAGAUGAGGGAUACCAAGGGUACCAAGAGGAAGGACAGGAUUACUAGUGGAAUUGUGUGUCUUUCGGGUUUUGCUAACUGUUCAGUUAUUUACCUUAAGUGCCUUACUUAGUCACCAGUAUAUUAACCAUCGAUUAAAUGGAAUAAUGUUU